GGGUAAAUUCAGAAUGCAAAUUAUGAGGGGUUUAGUUGGGGUUUCGUUAUAAGGGCGUGGCGUAUCUCAAUUCAAAUAAAUACCACAAUAAUACCCUUUUCUUUCUUUUGCAGCAAGAUAACUAGUAGCUUCAGAACAAAACCCUUGGAAGAUCACAACAACUCGACCAUCGGAAAACCCUAGCCCUUCUCGAAUCUUUUCAAUUCUGCAAUGGAUUGGUCGAAACUCAAAAUGGAUUUGUCGAAACUCGAAAUUGAUUUGUCGAAACUCGAAAUUGAUUGGUCGUGGUUGAUUCCAGUUGAAGGGACGGUUUGCUGCGUUGUUUCAGCCGUCUUAUAUGCUGGAGGAGCACUUGUCCAAGGGGAAGCUAAGGAACUGGAUUCUGUGGUUAGGGUUAGUAAGUUGAAGGAUUUGUCUCAAUUAUUGGAUGCUGCGAGUACAGUGUUUCCUUUGGUGGUGGCAGUUACUGGGUUGGUUUCUUCAGAUACCCCAAUCGAAUGCGAGUACAGCGGUUUGAAGGGCGUAAUCGUCGAUAAUAAGGAAGAGACUCAUAUCUUGAGACGCAAUUUCCGAGGAGUAUGGAAAAAAGAAUCGAUUCUUCCGGCUUCGGUGUGGAAUGAAGUUCCUUGGUACCUGGAUGAUGGUACCGGUCGUGCAAGUGUUCUUGAUGCCCGUUCGGCAAAUACAUUAACAUAUGCUGGUUUGCCAAUGACAUGUGGAGGUGAAGUGUUCGAGAGGUCAAUACAAUCCUCAAUUCACGAGAAAAUUGAAUUAGACAACGGUGUUAAGACUUUAGGAGUACAGAAGACGGAACGUGUUCUCCCAACCGGUACAUGCUUGACGGUUAUCGGUGAGGUGAUUAAGGAUGAAACAGGAGCAUUUGCCAUUCAGAAACCGUAUCGGCUCCCAUUUUAUUACAUCUCUUAUAGAUCAGUCAGCGAGAUUAUUGAAAACCUUCGGUCACACUCCAGCGUUUGCAUGUAUGCCUCUGCGGCUUUUGGUGUUAUGGGGGGGAUUCUCAUUGUAAGGCAUGCAUUCCGCUACAUGGAAUACAAGAAAAUGCAAAAGAGGGAAGCUGAGCUUCGACGUAGGCUUCUUGCUGCUGCUAAACAAGCUUCAAACAAGCAGUGAUGCAUGAGAGUGAACCUGCAGACAAAGAGGAGACAGAAUAUUAUCUAAUAUGUUUAACAUUUCAAUUUAUUUAUUUAAAUUUUUUUUUUUUUAAUAACAGAAUUAAAAGGUUUAACCUAGUGGUACGGUAUCGGCUUAGUUUGUGUAGGCAGACAUCGGGGGUUCGAAUUUCUCUAGGUGCGUGUGUUGUCGGAAAUAUUGUCCGCUGUGCUUAUUGAAUAUGAUAACAUUGAUGUCAAAAAGUUAUCAACCCUCACCGAUUAUUAACACUUGUUUACCAAAAUAAGAGACGAUGCAUGGAUUCAUAUGCAGAGAAAUAAAAACAGCAAGACUGAUGAAUAAUUUUUUUACAAAAAUGCU